AUGCAAACACCGGUUAGAGUCAGUAAGAAAACUGUUCUUUCUUUCUUUCUUUCUUUCUUUCUUUCUUUCUUUUUCUUUCUUUCUUUCUUAUUCAGUGUUCUUUCUUUCUUUCUUAAUCAGGAAAUUUUUCUUUCCCAUUCAGUAAAUUUUUUCUUUAUUAUUCCGGGAAAUAUUUCUUUCUUUCUUUCUUUCUUUCUUUCUUUCUUUCUUUCUUUCUUUCUUUCUUUCUUUCUCAUUUUUUGGACACUCUGGGUCUCAAAGAGACAGAUUUCUUCUUCUUAUACUUCUUUCUUUCUUACUCUUUUUCUCAUUACUAAUUCUCUUUUUUCUUCUUUCUUUCUUUCUUUCUUUCUUUCUUUCUUUCUUUUCUUUCUUUCUUUUCCUUCUACUCUUUUUUCAUUACUCUUCUUCUUCUUUCUUUCUUUCUUUCCAACUCCUUUUCUCAUUACUAAUUUUCUUCUACUUCAUCUUCUUUUUCUAAUAUUUUUACUUUCUUUUUUUUCCUCCUACUCCUUUUGUCAUUACUAUUCUUUUAAUACUUCUUUCUUUCUUUCUUUCUUUCUUUCUUUCUACUCCAUAAUCACCAUUAUCUAUCUAUCUAUCUAUCUAUCUAUCUAUCUAUCUAUCUAUCUAUCUAUAUAUGUGUGUAUGUGUGUGUGUUUGGUUGAAAGAGAUUCUCACCAUACACCUCGUCCCCUGUGA